GCAAUUCCUUAUUGUAAUGGUAGACGGCUUCCCUCAUCCGCCUUGACCAGUGUUUUUCAACCUGUGGUAGCUUGUACCACUGGGGGUAGAGAGGUGCAUCAGGUGGUACAUAAAGGAUAAAUGAAGAAUCUUAUUCUUGAAAUAGAAAAAAAAAAAGAGAAAUAGAAAUAAACGUAGACAGUUGAAAAUAUAUAUAUGACAUAUAUUGUUCUGUGCAUAUAGUUUGAAGGCUUGUUAUUAUUUUAAAAAUAUAUAUGUUUUUGUGCAUUCCAUAAUAUGGUUUGCUUGAUAAGGUUUUCCAUUUAUGUUCUGCUUAAUAAACACACUGGGAGUAUAAGCAGCCUUGCUGACUUCUUCUUUCCACCGUCUCCCACUGGCCAUGGCCUUCUCGCAGCAAUAAUUGUGUUUAAGAGGGGCGUUGGCAGGCUUUCCAUGCACUGCAUGUGUAUUUAUAAGAAUAUAACUGGUGCAUAUUAGGGGGUCCGUGAGAGGUCUUUGUGAUAAUUUAGUAGAUGUAACCCACGAUUAUGACGAGCCUUAAUUGUGGGUCACAUCAACCCAGGGAUGUAUUUUAUUGACUAAUGCAGCUAUUGUACAGUCGUUGAGUGGAACUCGAUUUAAUACACUGCCUUUCUUAUCAUGGUACGGCAGGAGAAGGAGGUCAGCGUCGGCCUAACAGCCUUCAACAAAGACAUUUUUUCUCACGCUUAUCAGAAAGUCACACUGAGCAGAAAUAGUGCAGGGGACGAGAGGUAGACAGAGACAGAAGGAAAGAGAGAGAGGUAGAUAGAGAGAAGGAGAGAGAGAGAGGUAGAUAGAGAGAGGAGAGAGAGAGAGGGAGCCAGAGAGCCGACACCCACACUGCUUACUCACUUAAAACCUACACACUUACUACCUCUCACACACACACACACUGUCUUCCCAGUGUACAGCAGCCGUGGCUACUUUGCUGCGACUCACUCUGAGGAUUCUCUCCCGUGACCGGACUGUCGGUGCCAAGAUGUCUCCCAUGGCUGGCUGUUGGCCUGCGUCCUGGCAACUCUGGCAGGAAACUCUGUUGCUUGCUCUCAUGGAAGGGAGCACAGAGAGGAACUGCUCCUUAACCCCACCGUACUUGCCUGCCACUGUGGUCAACACAACACUGAGACUGCAGGCCCUGAGGGCAGCCAUGAUACCUCGGGAGGUCCUCGCAUACAUCAUCCCCGCCGCCGAUGCCCACUUGGUAGGCCUGGCUGGUCCGCGGGACGCCAGGAUAGCCUUCAUGACUGGCUUUCACACCGGCUCCGCAGGCACGGUGGUCGUCACGGCGAUGAAGGCGGUGCUGUGGACGGACAGCCGAUACUGGGUGCAGGCGGACAGACAGAUGGACUGCAACUGGAAGCUGGAGAGAGACUCUUUCAUCGGCAGCAUCACAGACUGGCUGCUCAACGAGUUCCCCGAGGGCGGGAGGAUCGGCUUCGACCCGUUUGUCUUCUCCCUCAAAACACAGGAGUACCUCAACGCCGACUUGGCCCCGGGGAACCUGCUGCUCACCUCCAUCCCCGACAACCUGGUGGACGGGCUCUGGACCGACAGACCCCCCGUCCCCCCCUACAACCUCACCCGUCUCCCGGACCACAUCAUAGGAAGAACUUGGCAGAUGAAGGUGGACGCCAUUCGAAUGGAGAUGAUGGCCAAUCCAUACAAGCCCACUGCUCUCUUGCUUUCUGCCCUGGACGAGACCGCCUGGCUGUUCAACCUGCGUGGGAACGACAUCCCACACAACCCCUUCUUCUACUCCUACACCCUGCUGACCAUGGAGGAGAUCUGGCUCUUUGUGCACACCGAGCGCGUGCCAGAGGACCUGCAGGCCUACCUGAACUCCUCGUGUGUGCAGAGCAUGUGUGUCCAGCUCAGGGAGUACGAUGCGGUGCGCCUGGACCUGGCGGCCUACGUGCUCUUACCCGGAGUAAAGGUCUGGGUGGGCACCGAGUACACCAACUACGCCCUGUACGAGGUCAUCUCAGCACAGGAUAAGCUGGUGACCAGUUCGUAUUCUCCCGUGUUGACCAGUAAGGCUGUGAAAGACGAAAUGGAGCAACGCAUCUUGAGAAAUGCUCACGUGAGGGAUGCCGUGGCAGUCAUCCAGCUGCUAAUGUGGCUGGAGACAGCCGUCCCUCGGGGCAAAGAGACAGAGCUCAGUGCCGCCCACUACGUCAAUGAGUGUCGCAGCAAGCAGAAAGACAGUCGAGGCCCCAGCUUCGAGACCAUCUCCGCCAGUGGCCCCAACGCGGCCCUCGCUCACUACAGCCCAACAAACGAGACCGAUAGAAAGCUCACCGUCGACGAAAUGUAUCUGAUUGACUCCGGGGGCCAGUAUCUCGACGGCACAACGGACAUUACCAGGACUGUCCAUUGGGGGACUCCCACGGCAAUGCAACGGGAGGCCUUCACUCGGGUUCUCAUGGGAAACAUCGAAAUAUCUCGAACCAUCUUCCCCUCGAGAACAAAGGGCGUAAACAUGGAGAUGCUGGCCCGCCGUGCAUUGUGGGAGGUGGGCCUGAACUACGGCCAUGGCACCGGGCACGGGAUAGGAAACUACUUUGGGGUUCAUGAGUGGCCAGUUGGAUUUGGUUCCAACAACGUACCCUUCACAGAAGGCAUGUUCACCUCUAUAGAACCUGGAUAUUACAAGGACGACGACUUCGGCAUCAGGAUUGAAGACGUUGCCGUGACUGUACCCGCCCGCACAAAGUACAACGACCAGACCUACUUGACCUUUGACACUGUCUCCCUGGUACCGUACGACCGGAAACUGAUUGAUACCACCCUCCUCAGUGAGGAACAGAUACGAUGGUUGAACCGCUACUACAACACCAUCCGGGUGCACAUGGGCCCCGAGCUGGACCGGCAGGGGCUGCGGAGGGAGAAGGAGUGGAUGCUUCAGAACACGGAGGCCUUCCAGACGGCCGGUUCCUCCAGAGCCCUGUCGUCCUUCACGCUCAGCGUGGCCGCUCUCACCGUGGCUCUACUCCAGCACGUCCUCUGAGGAACACCGUCCCUCUCUCUCUCCCUCUCUCUCUCGACACCGCCAUGACUUCUACGCUAUUGUCCUAUCCCUCAGUCUCCUAACUCAAUCUUUGUGUGUAGUCUAUAUCGGAGACUUCUAAAGAGUUCCACCGAAUUGGGGAAACUCCAGAAAAAAAAGCUUAUUGUCGGUAGGUGAUGCAAUUUUAGAGCAAGGUGUGUUUUGUGGUUUUACCAGAGAUGACGCUGUUGCUGAGGGUAGAUUCGGAGAGAUUUCUGAAGUGAUAAAGAUGUUUUGCUCGAGUAGGUUCCUCUUUCAGUGAGCCGCUUAGAGAGAGGCACUGGUGUUCUUUUACUUCUAGAAUCAAUCUUGUGUGUGUGUGUGUGUGUGUGUGUGUGUGUGUGUGUGUGUGUGUGUGUGUGUGUGUGUGUGUGUGUGUGUGUGUGUGUGUGUGUGUGUGUGUGUGUGUGUGUGUGUGCGUGCGUGCGUGCGUGCGUGCGUGCGUGCGUGCGUGCGUGCGUGCGUGUGUGUGUGUGUUUGUGUGUGUCGGUUAUUGAGUACAAUAGUUGUAAAGUAAUUGUUUUUAGUUUUUCUAUGAAUAUGAUCGUUGUGAAAUGUCUUACAUGUUUAAAUUAUAAAUGUAUACCCUCUCAAAGGGGUCUUUUGGAAAUGGAUAUUCUAUUACUAAUAAAUGAAGGCUCUUUAAAUA